ACCACCACACCCAUCACAACAACCACAACAACAUCACCAACAACCACACCAAAUCCGUCUACCAGUAACAGAGCAACUCAACCUACAAAAUCUACCAUGGCCACUCCUCCUCCACCAGUUCUUCCAGUUUCCAAAGAGUGUCAUUGCGGAGAGGCGGAGCACUCUCGCAUCGUGGGCGGGGAGGAGACAGCACCCCACGCACACCCGUGGGCCGUGGCGCUGUCCUACGUCGCCAGCGGCCAGUACAGGAUCUUCUGUGGGGCAACCCUCAUCACCAACGCCUACGUCAUGACCGCUGCACACUGUGUUCAGGCCAUCUUAGGAUACCGCCGCACAUCGAUCCACGUGCUGCUUGGCCUGUACAGUCUUGAUGACGUCAGCAGCGACGAAGUGAUCAAGGCAACGCCUCUAGAAUACAUCACACAUGAGGCGUACAACAACAAGACCCUGGACAACGACAUCGCUCUUAUCCGCAUCCCGCCCCUGGACUUCUCGACCACCGCCGCCGCGGUGCGGCCGGCGUGCCUGCCUGCUUCUGCGGACCAGCGCUUCGAGGGACAAGUGGCCACCGUCGCCGGCUGGGGGAGUCUCACACCAGGUAUUGUUACCAUUGGUGACAGCGGGGGCCCGCUGCUCGUGAAGGAGACCAGUGGUCGGGCGGCGGUGGUGGGGAUCGUGUCGUGGGGUUAUGGCUGCGCCGAGCCCAACAGACCGGGCGUCUACACCAGAGUAUCUAGUCAGUUAUAA